GUUUUUCCCCCUCCAUCAUCAGAAGAAACAAGUCCCCAUCUUAGAAUUUUAUCUCUAUUUUAUACCUAAAAUUCAUACGAAAAGCCACACAUAAUUUGCCGCAAAGCGGAUAAGCUAAAGGGUAACAACGAUAUGCAAAACGCUGACGACACAGUGUCGCUAUUUACAGCGGAGGAGGAAGGCUGUUACACACCAACUCACACUAGCAUGCCAUCUGAUGAUUGGGAAUUACCCAGCUACUCACGCCUCAACACUGUUGGGAUGUGCCCCUGGAAGGACACAACCUAUAUUAUUCGCAACGCCGAGACGGAUCUUGUUAUAUCGCUCAAUGACGGUGAUUUGAUCUUGAGUCCUCAAGAAAAGGGUCAUUAUUGCCACUGGCAUUGUGUUGAGAAUAGUGAAGGGUGGUUUGGAUUUCGCAAUGUUGCUGCAGGGAGAUAUAUUGGCCAUAAUAACAAUCGCAGGAAUUGGCGAUUUGUGGUAGAAGGGAGGCAACAUCGUGAAUGGGAGUAUUUCUGCGCACGACAACACCCUAGCGGUGGCCAUAUCCUUUUGGUGAAGCACUGGAAUGGAUUCCAGCCAAUGACCGUCGGAGGACCGGACAAUACGGAAUUGGUUGUUGGUGAACGAGACGUUGAUCCCGCACGCUGGGAGUUUAUUAAGAUUGAAUCAUGAAGUUGAAGGCUUGACGGGUUUUGCCUUAGAGUCCAAAUAAGUCAAAUGCCUCGCACAGCCUUUAUAGUUUCAAACUUGUUUCCUUUGCGUAGUAUUUUGCAUUUAAAGAGAAAGGAAAUUCGAGAAAAUUUUCACGCUUUAUUUAUUACUCGGGCAAGAGAAGCUGUCAAUACAAUGUGAAUUUCCUCAACUAUGGGGUUGUGAUCAUGGUCACAACAGCAUUUACAGGCAAGAGGUUUAAUGCUAGUUGCUCGGGGUUUUGGAUUUAUAAUAUAUUUGAAAAAGUAGCACCCUAUGAUGUCUUUCGACUAGCAACGUUGUGAUUGAACAAGGAGAG